UUGAGAUAUUUUACAGUAUGAAAAUCUAUGUCUUUUUUUAAUGUUUUUGCGAUUGUAGAACAAAGUGAAAGCAAGAGUAUAAUAGUUCUAGUAGUUGUGCCAAUCAUAUCAGUACUAAUCUUCUUGGCUUCGAGCAGCUUUUUUAUCAUUAGAAAUGUAAGAAGAAGAGCUAAAGGAAAGGGGAAGGCCUUUAAUAACACUAGAGUGAAGCAUAGAGUGAAGCGGUCGAUUAAGGUGCCCACGAUUAGUAACAAGCUAGCAGAUAUGAUGAUUAUUCAUGGAGGAAAUAUGGCCAAAAGCCAAUCAAAGGUUCUCCACACCCAAGAUAAUUGAAGUCAUAUCAGGUUGAAAGCUAAGCGAUUGUGUAGAGAUUGCCAAGCGACCGUUGAAAAUUGAAGACUGAGAAGGCAUUUAGGAUUUUUAAUUAUUUAAUUCUUGUAUUAGAAUCUUUUUUCAUGUACUA